AGAGGCACCACUAAACAUUAUCGGCAGUGCCUGAGGCAAACCACCGCCUGCCAAGUCCGACCGAAAAGGGGAUAGUCUGGGGAUCUGCACUGACGCAAUCACGCAAUCGGCCAUUCACUUCCAUACCAACCAGUUCAAGAUAGUCUUUUCAACUUCAACCUCAAUUGACCCUCUCAACUCCAAAUUCCGCCUGUCACAAUGGCUUCCAUCCUUCCUCGUGCCGGGUUCCGAGCUUUGACGGCCCUUCCCCGGGCGGCUGCCCUCCCCAGGGUCUCCCUCGCGUCCAAGCUUCCCCGCGUACAGCCUCUGGCGCAGCCUAUCGCUCGCCGUUUCGUCUCCAACAUUCCCCAAGAGCAGCCCCGACUGCGUCUCGGAUCCACCGCUCCGAACUUCAAGGCCCAGACCACCCAUGGCGAGAUCGAUUUCCACGAGUUCAUCGGCGACAACUGGGCUAUCCUCUUCUCCCACCCCGCCGACUUCACCCCCGUCUGCACCACCGAGCUGGGCGCCUUUGCCAGGUUGAAGGGUGAAUUUGACCAGCGCGGUGUCAAGAUGAUUGGACUGAGUGCCGACAAGCUUGACUCCCACGGCGAAUGGGUGAAAGACAUCAACGAGGUCGGCAGCACCACCGUGCAAUUCCCCAUCAUCGCCGAUCCCGACCGUAAAGUCGCUUUCCUCUAUGACAUGAUCGACCAGCGGGACCUUGACAACAUUGCCGAGAAGGGCAUUCCGUUCACCAUCCGCGCCGUUUUCAUCAUCGACCCCGCUAAGAAGAUCCGUCUGACUAUGCUCUACCCGGCCUCGACUGGCAGAAACUCCGCCGAGGUGCUGCGUGUCAUUGACGCUCUGCAGACUGCAGAUAAGAAGGGCAUCGCGACCCCCAUCGACUGGACGGUCGGAGAGGACGUGAUCGUGCCCCCCUCCGUGUCGACCGAGGAUGCGAGGAAGAAGUUCGGUGAGGUCCGUGAGCUGAAGCCUUACCUGCGUUACACCAAGGCUUAGAUGGACUGCCCCUAUAUGAAAAGUUGUAUGAUAAACACUAUAAUAGAAUGAAAUGGCCUAACGUCAUGGUUUGAUGGUACUUCGCCGCGUCUUUGAGAACAUUGACCAGUAUGAUGCUGUCCGACGCGACGUCGACAAGCAACAUCGAGGAACAUCAACUCGCUCGUUCAAAUAAAGAGCUAGAGUUAGUGCUGCCGAGACGAAUAGUCGGUAAUCCGAGUCUGAGCUUGAACAGGUCGCUUAGCCUCAUCGGGCCGAGAAGGUCCCAUUCUAUGCACAAUGAAAAGGAGGUGGGCAUACACCAACCAAGUAAAGGAUCAGCGGGAGGAAUUGAAGCUCAAAAAUAAAGCGCACACUAUGUUACGUUCUCCAUUUCCCCACAACCCCGCAGGUACCAAGCUGGAGCUUUGAGACCGGAACCGAAAUGAUUGAAGGCUAAGGUGGAUGUUCCGCCGGAACCGUGAUCAAGCCGAAGUACAUCCUACUUAUUUCAACCAGCUCCUUCAGCGAUAGAAAACC